AUGAGCCAUGCAAGUAUGGUAAUAUCGGCAUGCGCUUUUAAUAGAAGUAUUGCAACGCAUAUUUUGUACAUCGUCCCCGAGAUAAUGUGUUCAUUGUCUGGAAUAUUGUCAGUGGCAAUAAUAGUAUAUUCGUUCUUUCUAUAUGGGUUUAGACUGCUGUUCCAUUAUAAUGCCAAGAUUCUCAUGAUUCUGCUCACGAUCUUUAUCCUUAUUUUUUCAUUGGAUAUCGUCUAUGUUUGCACACGACAAAUAUACCUUGCAUUCAGUUAUGAAAAUGAUUGUGAUUUAGUUUUUGAAACAGCGUCUUGUUCCAUAUUCAGAAGAAUUGCAUUAACAUGUUUCGUUGGAGUCACUACAACUCAGUUCUGUCAAAUGUUCGAGCGUCUAAUUGCUACAGUAGCAAAAGAGAAAUAUGAAUUUCAAACCCAAUGGCUUGGUGGUUUAUUGGUUUUUUUUUCAAUUCUCUCCGCAAUUCUUGCAAUUGAAUGGACUUUGUGGAAUGAAGAUCCAUUGGAGCCCAUGACCCAUUGCCUUGUAUACUCUACAUCUGCAUCAAUUGGAGAAAGAAUGUAUAUCGUGUUCCUGGGAAUACUUGUUGUUGACAUUUUUAUAUUGGCCGUUUUUCUAGCUUUAUACCAAAAUAACAAACGAAAAAUAUUAUCCUCCGGGCUUAACAAAAAGUAUCAGCAACAUGAGAACUUGGUAGUGUUAAGAGCUCUCUUUCCAAUGGUCUUGUUGAAUACUGUCUUUGUUUCUGCCUAUAUUUUAAUUGCCAUGGUAGUAAGAGCAUUCCGAGACUCUCUUAGUCUCACAAAUUAUAAAUUUAUCGCGAUUAACACAUUUAUAUUUCCUUACGUGUCAUUGCUACUUUCUAUGACAAUUUUGGUGACCACCAGGAACGAGUUCCAGAGAAGACAACUCCGAGAGCUGAACCAAAAUGGGAAAGGAGUAUCGCAAACUUAUUUCAAUCUAUAUCAGCGGCAAUGGAGCGUUAUUUCCGAGAGAAAAUGA